AUGGCAGCCACUCGCUUCCUUGAGCAGGUACUCCGUGUUCGGCCGUCAUGGAGGCCAAGCAAGAUCCACUUCCAGCACCUCACCGUGGCCUGUUCCAACACUGUCUACAAGGUGGCCUGCGGGGAGGAGAAGCUGCUUUUGCGGGUCUACGGCUCCGACGACCAUGGCCUCUUCCGGAGACCCCACGAGGUCGAGCGAGCUCGCUACGUGGCUUCCUGCGGCUUUGGACCCCAGGUGCUGCAUACCUUCGAGGAAGGUCGCAUCGAGCAGUGGCUGGAAGGUCGAUCUCCGACGUACGAGGAAAUUCGGACGGAGGAGAGCAUCCGUCGAAUUGCCUGCAAGCUGCGCGAGUUCCACGACAGGACUGGCCUAAACCACAACGACCUCCACCACAACAACAUGUUGAUGACCGAGCGAGAGCUCCACCUCCUAGAUUUCGAGUACUCAAACUCUUUGGAUCCAACCUACGAUAUCGCCAACCACUUCAAUGAGUGGAUGUAUCCCUACACGGGUCCGAACCAGCACCUCUACCAACUCGGGCUGUACCCGAGCUUGGCGCAAAGGAGGCUCUUUUGCUCCUACUACCUCGGAAGCCCGCGUGGCAAGGGGGCCGUCGUGGACGACUUCCUCGCCGAGGUCGAGAAACGGCGCCAAGACUCCCACGAGUUUUGGGUGCGCUGGGCAGACAGCACCCCCAGCAGCUUCAACAGAGACUAUGCGGAUGCACGCAGGAAGCUUUUGAGUCCAAGCUCCAAGCUCGUGGCCGAGGAGAGAGCAGAACAGGGCCAGCAGGGCCAGGCCGCGGGCUCCUCGCCUUCGGCCGAGGUGGGCAACGUGGCGGAAGGCAUCUGCCAGACCUUCCGCAUCCUUCUCCAGGCCCAGGCGCGCUCGGCGCAGGAGACGAGGCUGCGGCCCAGUGUGCAGAGCGCCUGA